GGCGCCUGCCCGUUCGUACCCGGUCCGGGUCGGCUGGGCUGCCCGCCUCUCCGCGCGCCCGGGCGGUUGCAGGUCGCGCCUGCUUUGGCCCCGGCGGGUUCGGCAUCCGAGCCUGGCAGGGGCCAAUAGACAGGGCCUCUGGAGUGCAGUGGCGUGAUCUCGGCUCGCUACAGCGUCUGCCUACCGUGUUCAAGCGAUCCUCCCACCUCAGCCUGUUGAGCAACCGGGACCGCAGGUGCACACUCCACCAAGCCCAGCUAAUUUUUUUGUGUUUUGAGUAGAGAGGGGUCUCACUGUUGUCCAAGCUGGUCUCGAACUCCUGAUCUAAAGCGAUCUGCCUGCCUUGGCCUCCCAAAGUGCGAGGAAUACAGGCGUGAGCCACCGCGCCUGGCCUGAAGCAGUUUUUCCUUAGACUGUAGUUGGAGGGGGUGAGACCACGUGGAGUGGUUGGCAGACAGGCAGGCACCCUUUGAGGCCAAAAGGGCGCUUGAGACAGAGCCAGCAGGCGAGCGGGCCGCCCAGGUCCCUGGCCCCCUGCUGCCGGUAUGAAGGUCCCACCAAGCCUCUGCUCCAACCAGGGGAACCGUCAUGGUUGGGAACAGCCAAGGUGAGGAAUUCUGUGGGUCACACCCCCUCAAAACCAUUGGCCUCCGCCGGCGCGGUGGCUCAAGCUUGUAAUCCCAACACUUUGGGAGGCCCAGGCGGGUGGAUCACGAGGUCGGGAGUUCAAGACCAGCCUGGCCAAGAUGGUGAAACCCCGUCUCUACUAAGAAAAAUACAAAAAUUAGCAGUGGCAGGCACCUGUAAUCCAAGCUACUUGGGAGGCUGAGGCGGGAGAAUCACGUGAACCCAGCGGGGGCAGAGGUUGCAAUGAGCCAAGAUUGCGCCACUGCACUCCACCCUGGGCGACAGAGUGAGACUCCUUUUCAAAAAAAAAAAAAAAAAAGCCACUGGCCUCUGGCUCUCCCUGGCCCAGCCUGGCAGAAGGGUCCCUGACCCCCGUCAGACAAGCAGUGCACCCUGCCUCACCUGACACAGAGCCCUCCCGCCACAGGGGAAGUGGGAGCUGGGAGCUCCUGGCACAGGCAAGGCCGAGAGUUGGGUUGGGGAGCAGAGACGGAGCUGAGUGAGUGUCCAGUGUUAGGUGGGUGGGGGUGUUAGUGGGUGGAGGUGUCUGAAGCCUCGCAGGCCUGCGGCCACACCACAGGCUGGGCCUAGCCGCUUGGAGAGCUUUCUGGAUCUGCACAGGAUCUUGUCCCCCACAGACACACACUGUGGACCUCAAACCCGGGAGCAGGAGGGGCAGGUUGGAGCAGGUCUACCUGCUUGCCCAGCCCCACCUGCACUGGCCCCAAGGUGUCCCUGAUGGAGCUGAGCUGGACCAGCCACAGGUGCAGGGCUGAGUCUGCAGCAGCCCCCUCCCCAUUCCUCUUCCCCUCCCCCAAGUUAGAACAGCAGUAUGGAGGAGGAAGCUGGAAGCCAGGCUUGGCCCUCACACUGGCGGCAAGUCUAAUGCGUGUCUGUGCACCUGUGUCCACAGGUGGUGUGCCCCCUAGUGUACCCUUGGGUCCCCACCGUAGUCCAAGGUGUCAUGUCUGUGUGUGGGCAUCGCUGGUUCCCGGCACAGCCAAUCCUGGGAAAGUGCAUGUCCCUCAUGGCAUUCGGAGUCAGGGUGGCCAGCCAGGGCCCCACCAGCAAGCCAUAACAUCAGCCCAAGGGCAGCAGCCAGCCAGGAGGCAGGAACCGCACCCGAAGUUCCCAGGCUUCCCGAGUCUCCUGUGGGCAAGAUCACCCUUGUACCCUCACUGCUGAGCCCUGGAGUGUGGGUGCCCGCAGGUGGUCUGUUGCUGCUCCGCUACUCCGCAGCAGCCCCCAACCCUGUGUGCCCACCCAGGGUGCCGCCAUCUCCUCCCCUGCAAGAGGCCAGCCUCUGCUCCGUGCCUCUCUAUCCCCAGCAGGUGGGAAAGGGUGCUUCCAGGGUACCGCUAUCUCCCCCGCUCCAAGAGGCCAGCCUCUGCUCCCCACCUCUCUAUCCCUGGCCGGUGGGAAAGGGUGCUCCUCAGGCCCUGUUUAGGGCUGACAUUGGGCCAGGUGACAGGACACCUGGGCAUGAUUGGGCAGCUAUGGGGGAGCCAUGGGCAGAGCACCUGAGGUCUGCAGUCAGCAGCCCAGUCUGGUGAUAUCUCCUGGGAAGGGGCCCAGACUUGGGGGUAACGGCGUCACUGAUGUGGGUCCCUGGCCCCACUGUGGGGUGUCCAGGGUUGUGCCUAUUGGACCGCCCGCCUCACCAUCCCACCCUACUGAGCCUCCUUCCUCAGCCAUUGUCCAGCUUCGUGUCAAGUCCUGGCGUGGGGCUCACCGCCUGCCCCUUGACCGUGGAGUUCGGAUGCAUCUCACAGUGAGUGCCCCAGCAGAGCAGGUUUGGGGGCUGAGCAUCAGGGGCUCUGCCAGAGCGGGUGGCAAUUCGGAACCUGGGGUCUUGCCUUUGUUUGGAGACCGAGAGACUCACAGUGUGGGAGGGUCACAGGACAUGUCAUCGGCAGUGAAAAGGUUUUGUUCCGUUUCCUGCCUCCAGAACUUGCACGUGCUGGAAUCCAAGGAUGGGUGGGAGAGGGGCCGUUCCUGGAGAUGUCUGCCCUUCGGGGCUGGUCCAUGCCACAGAACCUCCCAUCACCCCUGCUCUUGGUUGGUGAAUUCGGGGCAUGCUGAGCCUUUCCCUUGCAGCCUUUGCACUUGCUGCUCUUCCCUCCGCUUAUCAAACUCCUAACCAUCCCUCGAAGUCCAUGGGCACCAGAAGCACCGCCUCAGAGACUCACAGACUCAGAUGUACAGAUGUCCCUCAGUAUCCGUGCGGGAUUGAUUCCAGGACCCCUGCAGAUGCUCAAGUCCCUGCUAUAAAAUAGUGUAGUGUUUGGCCAGGCAUGGUGGCUCACGCCUGUAAUCCCAGCACUUUGGGAGGCCAAGGCGGGUGGAUCACCUGAGGUCAGGAGUUUGAGACCAGCCUGGCCAACAUGGUGAAACCCCAUCUCUACUAAAAAUACAAAAAUUAGCUGGGUGUGGUGGUGGGAACCUGUAAUCCCAGCUACUCAGUAGGCUGAGGGAGGUGAAUUACUUGAACCCAGGAAGCGGAGGUUGCAGUUAGCCAAGAUUGCGCCACUGCACUCCAGCCUGGGCGACAGAGCAAGACUCGGUCUCCAAAAAAAAAAGGGUGGGGGGCUGUGCGCAGUGGCUCACACCUGUAAUUCCAACAGUUUGGGAGGCUGAGGCAGGGGGAUCACGAGGUCAGGAGUUCGAAAGCAGCCUGAAACCCCGUCUCUACUAAAAAUAGAAAAAAUUAGCCGGGCAUGGUGGCGCGCCUGUAAUCCCAGCUACUUAGGAGGCUGAGGGAGGAGAAUCGCUUGAACCCAGGAGGCGGAGAUUGCAGUGAGCAGAGAUCACGCCAUUGCACUCUAGCCUGGGCGACAGAGCAAGACUCCAUCUCAAAAAAAAAAAAAUGGUGUAGUGUUUGCAUAUAACCUACACGUGUCCUCCUGUGUACUCUAACUCAUUUCUAGAUUACUUAUAAUACCUAAUACAAUGUAACUGCUGUGUGAAGAGUUGCUGUAUUGUGUUGUUUAGGAAAUAACGAGAAAAAAAAAGCACAACCACCCAUGUUUGUUUUUUCAAAUAUUUAACAUCCUUGCUUGGUUGAAUCCACGGAUGCGGAACCCAUAGAUCCUGAGGGCCGACUCUACCCCCUUCCUGAGAACAUCCCCCACAGAUGGCUGCCCUGGGUGCCCUCUGUUAGCUCAGCCCGACUACCAGGUGGACCUCAGGUUGAGGGCUGGGACCAGGAGACAUGGGCUUCUUUCUUUGGAAGGGGCAUGUUGGGCAGUCCUCGACGUGGCCCAGACAGGGCCCUUUCCCAGCGGGGGCUUAGCCAGGUUCCCCUUUCACCAAGGCUGGGCUGGGUGGAGUCUGGAUAGUUAGACCCCAGCACCUGUGAGUCACGCAGACCCAGAAGCAGGAAGCAGACAGUAAGUGACAGCCGCUAAGAUGCAGGGAGGCUGGGCCAGGGCUGGGGCACGAGGGUACCUUCACCUGGGCGUCAGAAGCACUUGAGAGGACAGGGGCUGCUGGCUCUGAUGUCUGCCCCCCCAGGCUGGCAUGAACUGGCCAGAGACGUCAGACGUGGUACAUGCCGGCCUCUGUGGCCUGGAGGGGCUUGCAACAAGGAGGCAGGCCCUGUCCCAAGCUGGCCUAGCCUAGUGUCCAGGACAUGGAGGACAGGGUGCAGCAGCCCCGGGGAGGGGUGGGGCCGUUCCCUCCCAAACACACUUCUGGAGCUGCUGCAGUCGGGGGUGACACUAACCUACCUUGUGCCUUCCUUCCCAUGUGCCGGGGCGGGUCCCAGGGGGUGGCCUCAGCACUGGCUGCACCACACACCUCUCUCCUGCCCCGAUUGGCUCCCACCUGGGGCACGCAGUUGGGCAACACAGGCCCUGCUCUGCCAGUCGAGCCUCCAGGGCAAGUGCAAGCUCAGCCUGGGCCUGGAGACAGCGGAUCGGAGCGUGUCCAGGUGCUCAGGGACUGGUCACCGAAAGGCAAGGAGCCCUCCCUGGGACCAGGGAGACACCCAAGAGUCAGGCCGGGACCUGCAGUGGCCCGGGGUGGGAGUCUGCAGCAGAAAGUGCCCCCGUGGGCCUUGCUCACUGUGCCCUGCUUCUGGAGGAUUCCGCCUGGGACCCUGCCCGUGUCUAGGGAAGGGCCCGGAGGUGAUCAGCAGCCUCACCAAGAAUGCACUAGGGUGGGAGUCCCGGGAGAGGAGUCGCACCCUCUCAGCAGUGGGGAGGGGAUGCUGGAGAGGAAAACAGAGAAACCUCCCCCCAGCCCACCCCGUUCUGCACUGGGUGAUAAAUACCACGUGCACCCUAGGAAGCCACGUGUGUCGCUGGCUCCUAACACGAGGAUGGGGGACUUGAGAUGCUGGUGCAGCUUCCCAGCAAGGCUUAGAGCUGCAGGUCUCCAGGGAGUUCCCGCAGAGCCUGGGGGGCACAGCCUGCCUCAGGCAGUCCCCAGACCCCAGACCCGUGGACGCCUCUGUCCCUAGAGAUGAUGCUGAGCGUUGGAGCUUUCCUGUUUUUUUCCCGUUUUCCAGAUUUCCUUAUAAGCGAUUUGACUUCACAGCGUGACCUUUUUAUACACAUUUUAUAUCUGGUAUUUGUUGAGACCUUAGAAGUGUUCUGAGGCCAGACGCGGCAGCUCACGCCUGUGAUCCCAGCACUUUGGGUGGCUGAGGUGGACAGAUCACCUGAGGUCAGGAGUUGGAGACCAUCCUGGCUAACGUGGUGAAACCCCGUCCCUACUAAAAAUAAAAAAAUUAGCCGAGCGUGGGGGUGGGCGCCUGUAGUCCCAGCUACUCUGGAGGCUGAGGCAGGAGAAUGGCGUGAACCCGGGAGGCGAGAUUGCGCCAUCACACUCCAGCCUGGGCAACAGAGCAAGAGUCCCUCUCAAAAAAAAAAAAAAAAAAGUGUUCUGUAAUAAAAGUGAACUGAUAAGCUCUGGGCAUCCCUGAUAAUUUGUUUUCCUUUCAGAAAGGUUCCUACGCUACUGAGGUUUAGGGGCACUGUGAAGCAAAAGCCACGCCUCAGAAUCCCAGGCGGAGACUCCGACCUCCUCCCGGGAGGGAAGCCAGUAGCUGAGCACCUGCGGGAGAUUAAAGAGGAAUAAGGAGGUGAGUACAUGACAAAGAGCCACAGUCGCAGGCAGUGGGGCCCGGCUCAGAACAGGCUGUGCUGGGAAGCGGGAGCAGGAGCUGGCGCCGCCUUGCGGGCUGGCAGAGGACCAUCCACUCCCUGGCGCUGGGGCCGUCCCAUCUCAUGGGCAAGAAACGUGAGACCCCUGGCUCGCUCCACACACAACCUAAGUGCCAGAUGGAUGAAACGCCUACGCGUGAGUAAAUGCCAGGAACAUGAGACUCGAACGUGGCAGGAUAUCCUUCUGCCCACGAAUCUAAAAGCUUACUCGGUAAUGGGAGAAUGGUUCCAGUUUGAUAAACUCGGGUUUUUAGAACGUCUGUGCUCCAGAAACACUGGAAGGCAAGUGGCUGCUGACUGGAGAAGAUAAUUGGAUGCUGCAAGCGGCAAAGGGCUCGGGAUGCAAAACACCGCAAGAAAUGCAACAAGUGAGGAGCAUUCCCGCAAAGAAAAAACGCACAGGCCGAGAGCAGUGGCUCAUGCCUGUAAUCCCAGCACUUUGGGAGGCCGAGGCAGGUGCAUCGCUUGAGGACAGGAGUUCGAGACUAGCCUGGCCAACAUGGUGAAACCCCAUCUCUACUAAAAAUACAAAAAAAAAAAAAAAUUAACCGGCUGUGGUGGCGAGUUCCUGUGGUCCCAGCUACUCGGGAGGCUGAGGCAGGAGAAUCGCUUGAACCUGGGAGACAGAGGUUGCAGUGAGCCAAGAUCGUGUCACUGCACUCCAGCCUGGGUGACAGAGUGAGACUCCGUCUCAAAAAAUAAAAUAAAAAGGAAGGGAAGUUGAAUAGACUACAGCAUGGAUGGACCCUGAGUGAAAUAGGCCAAUUGAAAGGACAGAUGUUACACCAUCCCGUUUAUCUGCAAUGCUAGAUUUGGGAGAGCCAUUGAGGCAGAAACUAGGUGGUGGGUGCCAGGGGUUAAGGGGAGGGGACGGGGAGUCCAUGUGUAAUGGGGACAGAGUCUCUGGAGCGAUGAUGCAUUCUGGAGGUGGACGGUGGUAAUGGAUACGCAUGAUGCUGCUGAACUGUGCACUUCAAAAUGGUUAAGACAGUAGAUUUUGUGUUUAUACAAUAAACCCAGAAAAGACGUCGUGCUGUACCACAAACCCAGAA